GAGAGCCAGGGUCAGCGGCGGGCGGUGGGCGGCGUGUGCCGUCGGGAGGCCGGAGUUUCGGAGCGUGCUGUGCCGCGGCGCGGCUGAGGGCCCGGCGGAGCGAGCCGAGAUCGGUGGGGCCGAGGGAGGCCCCGGAGCGGCGAGGCUCGCGGCCUGAAGGGAGACCUGACAGAAGGAACAUGACAAUUAGAGGCCGUGGACUUGCUUCAGAUUCAUGCUUUUUCAUUACCUAAUUUUGUGAGUUGGCUUUUGGUUGUGUUUUGGUUUUUCUUGUUGCUGGGGAUUGAACCUGUGUGGAGCGCCUGAGCUGUGGAGCUGUACCUGCCUUGGGCAUCCAUGAAACAUUCCUCAGUGUAUACCUUUGGAAGAUAUUAGCACAACUUUCUUUCAGUGAACAUUCGUGCAAGAUGUCAGCAUCGAGGACUUGGCUAGUGCAAGCUUUGCUUAUUUUCCUCACCACUGAAUCUAUAGGUGAAAUUUUAGAACCGUGUGGUUUUAUCUACCCCGAAUUUCCAGUUAUACAGCGUGGCUCUAACUUCACUGCCAUUUGUGUGCUAAAGGAAAAAUGCCUUCGGCAGUACGAUGUAAAUGCUAGUUACAUCGUGUGGAAGACAAAUCAUGUUGCUGUCCCCAAGGAGCAGGUGACUGUCAUCAACAGAACCACGUCCAGUGUCACCUUCACAGACAUCAUCCUCCAGGCUGUCCAGCUCACCUGCAAUAUCCUGUCCUUUGGGCAGAUUGAGCAGAACGUGUAUGGAGUCACCAUACUUUCAGGCUUUCCUCCAGACAUACCGACCAAUUUGAGUUGCAUUGUGCCCGAGGGGAAGAAUAUGCAGUGCGGGUGGGACCCGGGAAGAGAGACCUACCUGGAAACCACCUACACUUUGAAAUCCCAGUGGGCAACAGAGAACUUUCCUGAUUGUCAAACAAAGUAUAACACCUCCUGCAUGGUGAGCUAUACUCCUGUCUAUUUUGUCAACAUUGAAGUCUCGGUGAAAGCAGAAAAUGCCCUUGGGAAAGUCUCCUCAGAGCUCAUCAAUUUCGACCCCGUGGAUAAAGUGAAACCCAACCCACCACGUAAUUUAUCAGUGAGCAACUCAGAGGAAUUAUCCAGUAUAUUAAAGUUAACAUGGAUCAAUUCAGGUUUUGGUGGUAUUUUAAGGCUGAAGUCUGACAUUCAGUAUAGGACCAAGGAUGCCUCAACUUGGAUCCAGGUCCCUCUUGAAGACACAGUGUCUCCCCGAACGUCAUUCACUAUCCAGGACCUCAAACCUUUUACAGAAUAUGUGUUUAGGAUCCGCUCCAUAAAGGAAGAUGGUAGAGGCUACUGGAGUGACUGGAGCGAGGAAGCACAUGGGAUCACUUAUGAAGACCGACCAUCUAAACCACCAAUUUUCUGGUAUAAGAUAAAUCCAUCCCAUACUCAGGAAUCUAGAUCUGCACGGCUCAUAUGGAAGGCAUUACCUCCUUCUGAAGCCAACGGAAAAAUCUUGGAUUAUGAAGUGAUUCUUACACAGUGGAAAUCACUUUCCCAGAAUUACUCAGUCAGGGGUACAGAAUUGAUAGUAAAUCUCACCGAUAGUCGCUACAUAGCAUCUCUGGCAGCAAGGACUAAGGUUGGCAAGUCAGACGCAACGGUGCUCACCAUCCCCAGCUCCUACUUCAAAGCUUCUUACCCGGUUGUGGAUCUUAAAGCAUUCCCAAAAGAUAAUAAGCUCUGGGUAGAAUGGACUCCUCCACCUAAAUCUGUGAGCAAAUACAUAGUUGAGUGGUGUGUGUUGUCGGAUGAAGCCCCCUGCACCCCAGACUGGCAGCAAGAAGAUAACACUGUGAACAAAACCUAUUUAAGAGGCAGCCUGCUGGAGAGUAAGUGCUAUCUGAUCACAGUUACCCCCGUGUUCACCAACGGGCCAGGAAUACCAGAGUCCAUAAAGGCAUACCUCAAACAAGCCGCACCUUCUAAAGGACCUACUGUUCGGACAAAGAAAGUGGGGAAAAACGAAGCUGUCUUAGAAUGGGACCAACUUCCUGUUGAUGCUCAGAAUGGAUUUAUUCGAAACUACUCUAUUUCUUAUAAAACCAUUGCUGGAAAUGAAAUUGUCGUGAAUGUGGAUUCUUCCCACACAGAAUAUACCCUGUCCUCUCUGAGCAGUGAUACGCUGUACAUGGUACGAAUGGCAGCCUACACAGAUGAAGGCGGAAAAGACGGUCCGGAAUUCACUUUCACAACAUCAAAGUUUGCUCAGGGAGAGAUAGAAGCCAUCGUCGUGCCUGUGUGCCUGGCGUUUCUCUUGACAACGCUGCUCGGGGUCCUGUUCUGCUUUAACAAACGAGACCUAAUUAAAAAACACAUCUGGCCUAACGUUCCAGAUCCUUCAAAGAGUCAUAUUGCCCAGUGGUCACCUCACACGCCCCCAAGGCACAAUUUUAACUCCAAAGAUCAAAUGUACUCAGAUGGCAAUUUCACCGAUGUAAGCGUUGUAGAAAUCGAAGCGAACAACAAAAAGCCUUGUCCAGAUGACCUGAAAUCGCUGGACCUGUUCAAGAAGGAAAAACUGAGUACGGAGGGCCACAGCAGCGGCAUCGGGGGCUCCUCGUGCCUGUCGUCCUCCAGGCCCAGCCUCUCCAGCAGCGAGGAGAACGAGUGCGCGCAGAGCACCGCCAGCACGGUGCAGUACUCCACCGUGGUGCACAGCGGCUACCGGCACCAGGUCCCGUCCGUGCAGGUCUUCUCCAGGUCGGAGUCCACCCAGCCCCUGCUGGACUCGGAGGAGCGGCCCGAAGACCUGCAGCUGCUGGACAGUGUGGACAGCAGCGAGGAGAUCUUGCCCAGGCAGCAGUAUUUCAAACAGAACUGCAGUCAGCCUGAAGCCAGCCCAGAUAGUUCACAAAUGUUUGAAAGGUCAAACCAAGCUUUGUCAGGCAGCGAGGAGGGUCUGGUCAGACUGAAACAGCAGCAGGGUUCAGAUCCCAUCUUGCAGCCCUGUGGGUCUGAGCAGCGGAGCCUGUUUCAGGAAAGUUCGGCUGCCCUUGCUCUCGGCAUGGGGACCGAUGGACAAGUAGAGAGAUUUGAGUCAGCUGGAAUGGAGACAGCAAUUGAUGAAGAAAUCCCUAAAAGCUACUUGCCACAGACUGUAAGACAAGGUGGCUACAUGCCACAGUGAGAGACUGACUCCUGUAACUCCAGCAGCGCCUGUGAAGAAGGGCCGAAAUCCUGGUGUGUGACUUCAGAUGAAAACGCAUCUUCACUCCUGGAGAUGAUCAUUGCCCUUAAGGACAGAGUCACAACUGCGCCACCUCCCUCCCAGAGUACCUGGGCUCCUCCUGCAAGCACUACAUGAACUGACUUGGUUCUCUGGAUGGCUGAGGGACUGUGUGCCGGAUGUGCGCGCUGCAGAAAACAGUGUCUGAGAGUUACACAGCUUUUUGUUUUGCUACCUAGAAAACAGGAAAUGUACGCGGGUGGCGGCAUAGCACAGCUGUGCUGGAGUUAAUGAGACUAGUCAUCCAGGUGCCAGGAGCAGACGUCUACACCUUCCUCGGCCAACAGCAUCGUCUAAAAGUGCCAUGGGCCACACUGUCCAGAUUUUGUCAUCUGGCAAAAGACAUAGUCGGGGCAGGCUCAUUUCUGGUUCUGCCAGUUACAGAAUAUUGUCUUGCUGCCUGCUGUUGGUGUCGAUGCUGCCAGCUGUUACUGAAGAAAGGGACGAAUUUUAAAGAUGAGCAGUGUUAGAAUCCCCAUUUUCUUAAUAUUACCCCAAACCUUACAAAAACCUGCUUAUUACUGAUUACCUCUUUCAAAGUGAAUUAAUUACACCAACCCUGUAGAGGGCACUGAUAGAGCUAGCAAUGAACCCAUCUGGAACCCAUAACCCAUCUGGAACAUGUAAAAACUCCUGUUUUUUUUCACCCCCUCUGACAGAGUUUCCCUAUGUAAUGGAGCCUGGCCGUUUUGCAACUCCCUCUGUAGGCCAGGCUAGCCUGAACUCAGAGAUCAGAUCCACCUGCCUCUGCCUCCCAAGUGCUGAGAUUAAAGAUAUGAGCCACCACCGCCUAGCUUAAAAAAUUGCUAUCGUUAAAGGCUUAAGGUGUUGAUACUCUUCUGAGUGUAGAUAAACACACCAAGGAUGAGGAUUCCAGAGAUGGGCUGAGGAAGCACUAUAUACAGAAAGUCUUCAGCUUUAAACUGUUUUAAUUACUCCACCUUAUCUUUAUUUUCAAAAGUAGCAGGAGGUGCUUGCUGGAGGGCGCCAUUCCCCACAGCCACAAGCAUCAUCCCAGAACGUGCCCUGAUCUCAGCAACCACGGAGGUGGUGGAGGUGGCCGAGGUCCUCAUACAGAGCUGAUGAAGCCAGAAGGCUUUUGUUAGUUUGCUGGGUGGGGAUUUGAACUCAUGGCCUUGAACAUGGUAGACGCACUCUCUAGCUCUGAGCUACCUGGUCACACAUCUCAUUAUGUUAUUUAGGCUCAAGUGAUCCUCCUGUCCCAGUUUCCUGAGUAUUUGGGACUUUGGGUAUGUGUUGCCACACCCAACAAAAUAUGGUAUUUUUAAUAUGUGCCUUUUCUGAGGUAGACUUUUACAUAGGAUUUAGGAAUAUCUUAAAGGUAAUACGCCUAGUUGCUUUGUUACGGAACAGUCCAAGCCUCCAGGGUUUAGCACUAAAGCCAUUAAUGUAUUUGUGCCUAACUUCCCAGUGUGGCAUGGAGGUGGGGCAAAGAGUAGACCCUGAGUGUACUCAAGAAGUGACCGAGCUCCACUGUGGCUGAUCACCAGCAGCCGGGCCCACAGGAAGAGUGUGGAGUUUCAGACCGUGGACACACUUAAAUUGUCUAUAAAGGUUACAAAACAAACAGCUAAGAAGAACUGAUACUCAUUCGGUUGGAUGCAGUUUUACCUGUUCCUCUCAGAAUGUUGUUUAUAUUAGAUUUGCUGAUAGGUUAUCAUUUAUUUUUUUAUAAUAGCUAGUACUUUUCUGAGUUUUUUCACAUGUGUAAUCCUUGUGAGACAGUACAUGCUUUGUUCUCCUAUAUAGUUGCCCUCUUGGCAAAACCAAGCUGAAGUUGGUAAAUUGAAAAUAGGGGAUGAGUCAGGCACAGAAAGGUCAGACAAGGGUCAAAGAGCCCAGAAUUCACACUACAAGGUAAUGGUGUCCUGACCAUUCAAGUUGGUCGUCGAAGCCUGGUCCGGGUCAGGGCUGAGUGCGCCGUGCAUAUAACACAGUAAGUUUCUCGUUUUCUCCCUGUAAGUGGUCUAGUUACAUUGCUGUUUUCGUGUUUAGCUGUACCUACUUCCUCUCAAACAGUGCUGUGAACAUUAGUGAGAGGUCCACACUGGGAGUGCUGGUUAUCCAGUGCGAGUUCAUGAGUGAGCAUAAGAGACCUUUGGAGGAGCCUCACGGAAGCAAGUUUGCAUGCUGAUCCCCUUCAGAACGCGCCUCGGUGAUCCCAGCCUCCACCAGCAGAGAGGGUGGGGCAGUUGCUGCAUGAACUCUCACCCCGGGGAUGUAUGAUGGAGUACCUUCCUUUGCUCUAAGAGAAAAGUCAUAAACCUAUCUUCAAGGCAGACUUUGCAGCAUGCUUUAGAGGAAUCUGGAUGCAUGUGCCUUGUAUUUUAGCUAGGCAGAGAAACUAUUCUUUAUAUAAACCAGUCUAAUAAAGCUAGUUGUGCAGUUA